CAGCUGACAUACAUAAAGGCGAGAAGACAUGGAACGCGGUUUCUCUCUUGCAGGACCAUCUUCUAAUCCUCGUAAACGACAGGUGCGAUUUUCAGCACGUCAUGACAUCCUGCUCCUCCGUGAAGUGAUAGCACAGAAUCCUUUCACUUCUAAAGAGUCAGGCCGGAUCUGGGCAAGGGUGGGUGAAAUUAUUACUGCAACACUGCAGGAUGAAAGCUUUGAAGUGGAUGGACGCAGAUGCAGAGAGAGGACCAUGCUGCUACUUGAUUAUUACAAAAAACAGGACUUUGCUAGUCUGCGCAGGUUUGGUACGGAGCGUCUCUAUGCACAAAAAGAAGACCUGUUGCAUGAAGUGCUAGAGUUGGAGGCAGAGAAGAACCUUCUGACAAGUGGAGAAAGUAAAUAUCAUGAUGAAGAGCUCAGAAAGAGAGCACUGGAGGAAUUAUCAUUGCCAGAGCCUGACAAAACAGCUUCGUUGUCAGUUACAACAGCUCCACCCACUGUUGUAGCCAGUCCAGAACCUGAAGAGCAGGAGGAGGCAGAGCUUACAGCUCCAACAGCCAAAAGGCCAUGCCAGUGCUGCUGCCAGACCUACUCAGAGAUCCUGAGCUUCCUGGAAAAACGCUUUGAAGCAGAACAGAGUCUGCGAGAGGAGGAGAUGGCAUUGAGAAGAGAGGAGCUAGAAAUCCAGAGGAGUAAAAUUGCACUGGAUCGGGAGCGUCUUGGAGCAGAAAGAAAAGAACGGGAACGUCGAUUUGAGCUGGAGAGUCAGGAAAGGCAGGUCAUAUUAGAUUUGUUGAAAGAAAAGGUCUUAAAGAACGAACGGAACUCUGACUAAAAUUAGAUGUAUUUAUUUCCAGCAAUUUAUUUUGAACUCUUCUUUUAACUAAUGCAAUACCGGAUUGAUUUGGUCCCCUAUAUGAAAUAAUAUAAAUCCAA